GAAAGGACGGCAAAUAUGCGCGUUAUUUUCCACAAUUCAUUCCAGUUUUAAUGCAGUGUAUUUUAUGAACAAGAAGUUAACGUUUCUCUUCAUUGAAGGAUCGUUGUUUUCAAAAUGAUCUUUUUAUCAGCUGUUUUAUCCUUGCCACCCAACGAAAAAUCACCGCUGCAAACAAAAUCAACUCUUGGCCGAAAGACAUCACCUUAAGCUGUAGACGGUUUGCUCGUUUAGUUCGAUCGCCAUGCCCUCAUCGUUACGCAUAGGCGAAGAACAGAUCAACCAUCUGGCUUCAAUGGCAAGGCACGAACACUCCAAAAGCGGUCGUGUUUUUCUUAAAAACCACGAAAACACUGGGAAAUGGCUACCGCGCUGGUGUGCACUGUACCAAAAUUUUUUGUUCUACUUUGAGAGUGAGGAUUCCGUAAAGCCUUUGGGAGCCAUUUACCUGGAACAUUCUAGUUGCGAGAGACUAUGCCUGACUAACUUAAAGGAUAGUGAAAAUCAGGUUUGACCGUAUUCACUUUGUUCAAUAUAUAUUUUCCCAGUCUUAUAUUGAAUUUUACUUAUUAUUCUUUUGUUUUCUACUCAGGAAAGGUCUUCCUUUUAUCUUUCCAGCCGAGGUAUUUUUUCUUGUAGAUCGAUCGGCGCAGAGUUUUUUUCCCAAUAUUUAAUCUCAAAUGAAAAGAGCAAAGAAUAACAUAGUCUUUUAUUGGGAAGGUGCAUAAUAAAUUCGGUUUCGCUCCACCUUGCAGGCCUGGAGUUUGUUAUUACUUCUUAAGCUUAUUCAUUUUUAAUCAUUGAUUCUCAAGACACUGACAUGCUCCUUGCUGCAGAAAGUUUUGUUUUGCAAGCUAAACCUUCUUGGUUAUUGAUGUAAAGCUUAAGUGAUUUUAUAAUGUUAAAGGAAAUGUGAAAUUCAAGUGCUGUGUGGGCGAUAUGGUGUGCAUUUUUAGCUCGUUGGCUAAAUUUGUCAACAAUAUGCAAAAUUAAGCAUGUUCGGAAUCAAUUAAUAACAGUCCCUGCUGUUCUUCAAUAUGUAUUUGAUUUUUAUGAAACAUCACCUUUCUAGCUUGCCUGUGUUUAGCAUAUUUUUUUUAUGUACAAGACACCUUCAGUUUUUCUUCAAAUUUAUAAUGUUGAGUUCGAUGUUAUUGCUCUGAAACGAGGCCAAGAGAAAAUGUAUGACGAGCUGUUAUUUUUUUUGUUCAUACACUUCCUCAAAGAAAUAAGUCGUAAAAUACGGCGAUUUUUAUGGUUUAGAUGUAGAGCGGUUCUUUCAUUGUUUCGUCAUUGGCCAAUUCAAAAUUUUACAUCAGAAAAUAUAAUAUAAUGAUAUUAUUAUUUAAUACUUUGCCUAAAAAAAGUACAGGGCUGGAUACUCUGCAUGAACUUCACUUUAACCCCAAUUCCAUCAAUUUCGAGUGUAUAAGAAAAUGAAAAUAAAAAAAAACAUCCCACCCAAAUUAUUACAUUAAACCAUUCAGCCAAUAAUGUUGGGAAUAAAAUCAGUUGGAAGAGAAAUUUCCAAAUAUUUCAGAAUUUGUGAAUACCAGUUUAAAUUGCAUUUUCUUUUUUGGAAAUUGUUGAAAAUCUAUCAAUAGCAAUUAGAGUGAUUUUACUUGAAUCAUGAAACAGAUACUAACAAAUAGUGCCUUUAAAUAGCAAAGAGGUAAACAAAAGAAUACAAUGGAAUUAGUGCAUAAUAUAGACUUGCUCGAAGUCGACCUCUUGGUGAGCGGAGCAAGCCUUUUUGGCCGCGAAGCGGCCAACUACGUGCGACGAAGUUGUGAGAGGUUAACUUGUCUUGCUUGAUGGGUUUCCAUUUGCAUUUUGCACCAAAAAUGGGGAUUGGUGUGACUCGCAUUUGGGGUUUCAGGUUUCCUUCGCGGGUCCUUGACUUCAAUGGCGGAAUAUGCUGAUUCGACUCUGACUAAAUCUAUUGAACGUGUGUGUUUAUCUCUAUCAUCGAAAGGAGCAAAUUUGUUUACCUUGUGUGAAAGUUGUCUCUAACAAUGAUUUUAGGUGAAAGUUGAUGACCUCAGGGGGCCGCAAAAGAACAAAAACUUGUUUCGAUCUCAAGUCAAUACUGGGAAAGGAGAUUUCACAACCAAGGAAUCCUUGACAUCCGCACACAUUUUAAACCUACAGAGACUUUUCAAUACACCCAUUUCUCUUCCUGUAACCCUCACGGGGUCAGAACUAACUCCUCAGCUAAAUUCUUCUAUGAAAACAUCGACAACUUCAAAAAACGCCUUCGCGCUAGAGGUUACCCUCACAAUCUCAUAGGAAAAAUCACUUCUGAGGUUAAAUUUACCGAACAGAAGUCAGCUUUACAAAAGAACAAUGAAGUGCGAAAGAAAAUUCUGCCUUUCGUUACCACGUACCACCCUUCUUUGCAGAACCUUAAAAACAUUUUAAUGAGCAAAUGGCACUUAUUUCAAGAUCAACCUUUACUAAGAGAAAUAUACAACAAGCCUCCCAUCAUUUCAUAUAAAAGAGGAAAAUCGCUGGGAGAUAUCACGUUUCAGUGCGCUUAGUACAUGUGAGUGACAGCUUUAUCCCUAAGGGUCCUUGGGAGCUAUUCUGAUUGGUCCAAGCGCACCAACCUGUUUUUGGGUCGGUGAAAUUGGCGCCAAUCAAGUAUGAAAAGUCCUUCGUCCCGUGCCAUAUGAGAUCCAACGAAGAACUUGUUUUGAAAUUCUAUGCAUAAUAGUGCACGUAGUAAUAAUAAUAAUAAUAAUAACGAAUAUUUAUACAGGAUAGCCCUUCAGUGCAAGAGCACUGUUAUCAAAGGGGUCCUGUAUAGGUAGUAUUCUACUACCUAUUUCAUGGGUCAAGUAAAUUCACUCUAUUCCACUUGCAACAAGAUGAUUAUGGCCAACUCAGCACUAUGUGUCACAUUAGCUAUUUGUAGCAUCUCAUAUCCGAUGUGUGGUCCUGGAAUAUGUAGCAAUUAUUGAUUUCGGCUUUCGUGUCAUCUGAAGACUAUAUAUGGAGAUGGAGGAGGGUGUGACCUUGACGGAUAACACCCUUUAAGAUCUCCAUAAUUCUUGAGAUGAUACGAAAGCCGAAUUUAAUAAUUGAGUUAUUUUUCGUUCAAAGUAAUUCCUAGUUUUUAAUAAAAGAUAAAACAUGUUUACGUCCAUCGAUGUUAAGUUCAUCUUCUAUAGUGCAUGUUUAUCGGUAAGUUUAGGAGAUAAAGGGGUUUCCAGUUCUGCAAAUAUUCCUCCAAAUAGCAGAUGUUGUUCGUCGAGUUGUCUUCUUGCUGUUCUUCCUACAUUUUUAGCUAACAGUUUGCCUAUUGUUCUGCCAUUUUGUAUUCACUACCAAAUCAACUCAACCCCUUCCCCAGGUCUUCUCGGGUUAACCGUUCAAUAAUCUGGCUAGUAUGCGGCAUGAGUGACAUCAUCAGUGGACAUAUCGCAAAAUUCUUCCAAAUUUGGUUGACAGUAGCUGGUUAUGGUGAAUUAUGCGUGGGAUUUUAGCCAAUCAGAAAUGGAGAAAUAUUUUGAAUGAAUAAUAAUGUUAAAUAGACCAUAGAAGUGACAUCAAAAUUAAAGUUGUCAAAAGUCAAGACAGGAACCAUGCAAAAUACUAUAUUAGUAAUACUACAUUGCUUCAAAAUUGAGUGGAUCCAGGCAUUCCCUUUAAAGGACUACUCAGUCACACUGCUUUUUUUUUGUCAAUCUCAGAACUGCUUUUCUAUUGAUGUGCCAACUGUGGAUGGACAUCAACAACUUAUUCUAAGAACAAACAGUGAAGUUGACUGUAAAACAUGGAUUGAAGCUAUCACAAAAUGCAGGUACUGAUGUCUAUCACUGUUAAAGCAAUCUUAAUCAUUGUACGGGAUUGUUGAAACAACAUUUUUUGUGAACUGAGGACUGAAGUCCCAGCAUAAGUGAGAUUUAAACUUUUGGUUGGAGUUUGCAUUGGGCCUGGCUCCAACCAAAGGGAUCCAAGGCCAAGGCGCAUUUGAAUAUAUUCAUAUAGAUAUUUGCGCCGAAUAAGUAAUAAAUUAUUAUUAUCCAUUCCCAAGCAGAUCGCCAAGUGAAGAAUGAUCUGGCUUCGCCUGUAAUUAUUUCUAUAAGUUUGUUUGGUGUCUGUAGCUACCAAGCGUUAAAGCUGCAAUUGAACAAAAUUGCAAAAAAACCUUGGCCCAGUUGGUUGGAAGCCGCAGAGAUUAAUACCCAUGACAUCAAUAUUUUGAACACCGUAAAAUUAGAGAACGUUUUUUGAUUUGCAUGACCUGAUAUAAACAUGAGAGGGUGUUGGGAGAAUUCAAGACAGGUACGGAAAACUGAGACUGAGACAAAGUCGAGAAUUUGCAUAACCUUCUCCCAAUCACUCAAGUGUUUAUAUCAGGCUAAGUAAAUGCUGCAAUAUUAGUUAAAUAGCAUAAGGAUUCAACUAGAUGUGCACUAAAAUGACCUCUUUUUAUCAGUAAUACAGGGUAAAAUUUUGUCAGUAACUCUAAGGCGUGUAUGCAAAGUGAGUGUUAUAAGCAAAAGCACAUGACUAUGACUGACUUUGUAUAGUUUAUGAUUUUCCUGACAAGAAAGCAAUAUACUUUGCUGCAGGAGGUUGUGAUUAAAAGAGAAUAUUACUACCAGUUGCAAAGUGUUGUACAUAAAGUUUUGUAAGCAUAAUCAGUGUUUGUUUUGCAGAAAGAUGUGAUUUUGGAAUUUUUAUGUUUGAAAUAUUACCUUAAGUGAAAAAACUCGGUUGGUCAGGCAUUAUUGUGUUUUUAAGUUUCAAAAGUUGAGGAAAUGAGUAAGGUAGUUUAAUUAUUAAACUUGUCAACUUUUAAGCUCACUAUAGAAAUUUUAAUUUCAAAAUCAUUAUUGUUUCAUCUUUUGUUUAGCGUGCAGCACACCCUGCACCAAGGGUGGAUUAAAUAGGGCCCCCCUUUUGUCCUGGAAUUUUUUCUUUUGUAAAUUAUGUGUGUCGGACGGUACUUCAGCUUUGUUACUUAAAUAUAUUUUCUAUAAUAGACAUUGUUAAUAAGAACAGAAUCUGUGUUUGAAGCCUAUAUUUUUAGUCGUAAAUGACCAAAGCUCCCAGAAUGUAAGCAUAUUGCCACUGUAUACUAUAUCUCUAGGCCCCCUCUAUCACAAAAUCCUCCGUCUGCCUUCUGUGCACAAAUUCCUCACUUCACAACUGUGUUUACUCAGUCUCAUGCAAACACAUCUCUUGGCCAAUCAAAGCAAGUUUUAAAUAGGUCAUAAGUAGGGUUUCAACCACAAAUGAUCUGGCUGGUUCUUGUUUUCUGCAAGUUUGUGAGAUAGCCAUGGAUCAAGUGCUUUCACGUCCAUAGGGGAACAUGUAAUGUCACGCCCAUUAAUUGCUAUACAGACAUGUAAUCUAACUUUAUUUUCUUGUUGUUUGUAAUGUAUAUGUUGUAGUUAAUUUUUUAUUUAGGUAAUGUUUUGUUUUUCUUUUAUUUCAUGGGUAUGGUAAUGUAUGCUAAUGAAGUUGAAACAAAAGAAAAAGAAAAAUUACUGACCUGAGAUAAAAAACUAACUACAACAUAUACAUAAUUUAUAUCAAAAUGCCCCUUUAGUAAGUAAAGUGUACAAUAAUCAGAUAGAAUUUACUAAUAAUCAUAUAGGACUAGUCAAGUUUGUAAUAAUUAUUAAGAAGUAAUAAAUUAUUAUUAGUGGUAAAAAAAGUAAACAAAAAACAAUGGAUGGAAUCUCAUUUAUUGUACAAAUUAUUAACAAACUAAUCUCUGAAAGCUGUGAUCUUUUGUUUAGCUUUGCUGAGUUGCAAUCAGAGAAAGAGGAACUGGAAAAAAAGUACAUCCAUUAUAUACAAAUUCUGGAGAGUGAGAAGACUGCUAAAUGGCAGUUGCUUCAGCAGUGUGAGGAGCAGGGACAACUAGUAUCAAGCCUAAAAACUGAGGCACGUUAAGUAGAUGAUAUCAUUCAUACCCGGCUAAAUGACAGCAUAGACAGCAUACAUUGAGGGACAAUUCAAUCAGAACUCAAAUGUGUUUCAACUGUUUGACCUGUCAGAACUAAUUGACACCGGAACCCUGAUUUGAUUAACAAACAAUUUAUGCCUCAUGGUCGGUCACUACUGUCAGUUGUGACUGUUUACUAUUGGAUUUACUCCUGGCAAGACCAAGUCACUGUAAACAACAACAGUCCUAUUCAAGACUACGUUCAUCGAGACGAUCAUACUCAACCUACUCAAGACAAACUUAGUAUUUUUUUGGCUGUUUGACCAGUCAAGAAAAUGAUACUGAAUUUUGAACUUUGACAGCAGGAGUAUUAUUUUAUAGAUAAAAUUAUCCAGUUACAGAGUAAAAAUAAUAGAAGUUUUACCAACAUGUUUCUUGCUCACAGCUUGCAAGUCUCCGAAAAGAGAAUGCGGCACAGACAAGGGAAGAGGAGAGUGAAGAAAUAAAGAACAUCAAAAAGGUACUUAAAAUGAAUGUUGGCCGUGCGUCUGGUGGAGCUGUUGUGGGUCACAUUUAAAAUUUUACUUUUCCUCUGCUUUGUUGGAAAAAUCAUACCAUAAUAUAUUUAUAGGUCAGACUUUGAAAAGAUAUUCUAAAAGAGAUAUUCUAAUAAAGGAUCUGAUAAAUCUGAUGAAUUUAACAGUAGUCUAAAAACUAAAUUGCUAAUGUUUCAUGAUAACCAAAUGACUUCUUAACAGGUACAGAGUCUGAUUCGUGGUUGGCUUUGUCGUCGUCGCUGGCACAGUAUAGUACAAAAUUACAUUCGUUCUCCUCAUGCAGAGAGCAUGCGUCAACGCAACUCACUUUGCUUUCAGCUGGUGGAAACUGAGAAUGAAUAUGUGCAAAACCUCUCUACACUUGUGUCAUGUUUCUUCAGGCCUUUUAAAAUGGCUGCUAGCUCCAAGAGGCCUCCAUUAAGUCAUGAAGAAGUAAAUUGUAUUUUUCUUAAUAGGUAUUGUAUUAAACUUAAAUUCAUUAAAAAUAACUAAUAACUCAAGUUUCAACGCUAAUAAAAAAAAGGCUAAAAUGGUUAUUGUCGUGAAAGCAGAGUAUGUCAAUAUAGUGCUGUAAAAUAAAAAAGUGUUAUUGAUAACAAAGCGUGAAUAAGUUAACAGUAAAUAGGACAAAAGGUAUCCGUCAACUGAGGAGACAAAACUUAUUGUUGAAUCACUAAAUUUAUCACAGUUCUAUGUAAUCAGCUGUGUAAUGCCUUGCCGUACAUACUCCUACAAAAAACUCAUGAAAUUAACGCUUUAAAAAGAUCCUAAAAGUUUUGAUUAUAAAAGGUUCUUAAAAUUGAUUAACCCAUGCCAAUACACUUUGAAGAAGAAAUUGGCGUUCCCUUGCAACCAUGGCGUAAAUGUAAUUUGUUAGAAGUAAACAUAUUAAACGAUAUUCAUUGUAACAUUUAAGACUAUCCUAGUUUUCUUUAGUCAUCCUGACAUUCAUAAAACGUAACCUUUGAGCAAAUUUUCACCCUUGGAUUUUAAACGGCAACUGUGGCGUCACAGAGCAAGUUUUAAAAAGCAAUCUUAGCAAUUUACGUUGACCAGUUUAUCACCGAUACGAUUGCAAUCUAUGUGUGUUUAAUCUUAUUGCAGUGAAACAAUACUUUUUUUGCAUCAAAUUUUUCUGAAAGGACUUCACACACGUAUGGAAAGCUGGCCAACAUUGGUUUUAGGUGAGUUUUGUAGUCUAGUCCAAACGGUAGGCUGUUCCUUGUUGUUUGUUGUAAAAGUUUGUACACCAUAUUCAUGUAAGUGCGUCAUCUAAAGCUGUGAUAAAAGAGGCCAUUCGACUGGUUCACCAUUGCUAACAUAAAUUACUAUGAUGUGCUCCUCAGUCCCACCCGAGUUCAUCUGCCUAUUGUAAAAGCAGAACAAGUACAUUUUAUUAUAUUAUUGCCUUUUAAAUACGGAGAAGAAAGGGGUGGUACUCUCCUCCUUGACUACUAUAGCGAUUUAGGCGUCGUCAGAUACCUUAAACCUUCUUAUUAAACACUUCAUCAACUACCUUCGUGUUACACAAGCGAGGGUGGGAAGUAACUUUAAGCUCUUAGCACAGGGCAGAAUUGAGCCGUCUCACAGUCAGCAGUAUAUUCGCCAAAUUUAGGUAGCUGUCCCUGGUGCGUAAAUAACAGGCUGAUUGACGUGCUUAUUUUGACUCCCUGAACACAGGAGACUUGUUUGAUAUGCUGUUGCCAAUGCUGAGCAUUUAUCAGGAGUAUGUACGUAACCAUCAUUACUCUCUGCAGGUCAGUGUACGUUAUGACUCAGUUAUUUAUGAUGGUUCAAUUGUUAGUUCGGUACUUCGUCUUAUCGUUGGUCAACACUGUCAUUUUUAUUUGAUAAACAGGUUACUGUGUUCAAUGAUAAGGUUCCCAAUAUUAUACCUUAAAGUGUUUGUAACUAAUACAAAACAUUUAAAGUACUAAAACGUAUUCGUCGUGUUUUGAUAACAGUUUUUCUAUCUUUUAAGAAAAUUUACGUCAAGCGUUAGACCACGUUUUGUUGGUUUAAUCCUAUGAAAUAUAGCACGAAUAGCUUAGCGUGAACGGGAUUUUAAUGUGUAUUGAUUGCUUCAUGUAGUGGCUGCAAUGAUUUUUUAUUUGUUGUUUUAUGUCGGCAGACGUUAGCGGAGUGUAAGCAACGCCCUGCUUUCAACCGACUUCUGAAGUUGUAUGAAGAGAAACCAGUUUGCAGUGGGAGGAGGUUGGAGAACUACCUAACAGCUCCAAUGCACAGGGUUAGUCCGUCACUGAGGCCGGACAAACACUGCGGUAAAACCAUGCACCUCAUUCUCCACAGGAUGUAAAGCUUAGCCAUUUUCAGUUCGUUUCCCACGUACGGAAGGAACAGUUAUACCACUGAAGACAAGUCACUUAGUCGUUCGGUUGCGUUAUUCGAUUCGUGUGAUCUUCUUCUUAGUCCGCUGUUCAAGGCGACUCCCUUUGGAAAUGCUAGAUUAAUCAUUAUUUUUCAAAUAGAAGAUGACCUCAGUUGUUGCUACAGUAAAAACCCCCGCGUAAGAACCUAAAAUUUAAGAACCGGUUAGGCUGAAAUUUUCAUUUUAAAGCCCCUUUUCAUAAGAACCUAUUUAGCCUAAAAUUUUCAAUAGGUUCUUAUUUAACAAAAAUGAAGGCACAGAUGAAAAUACAGAAAAAAAAUUUUAGUCUAGGUUUCAGUCUGUAAGAUUCAGAGAAUGAACUAAAAUGAAAAUUUUUUAAGUUUUAAAAUUUUAUGGACACUGCAGCAUGAAACACAUGCAUGGUAGUACUUUGGAAAGAUUGAUUUACUGUAUGGCUAUCAUCAUCUAAAUUGUAUUCUAGAUAAUUAUUUAAUACAGCAAUAUAUUCCAUAUUAUACAAAUAUGCGCUGCAGUAGUUAUCUUUGCUGAUCACUAUUGCCCCUAUCAAAUUAAGUACAUAUUUAAGAACCUAAGUGGUCUAAAAUCCCAUUAAAUACCAUUUCUAUAAGAACCUAUUCAGGCUAAGUUGGAAAAAUCUAGGUUCUUAUACGCGGGUUUUUACUGUAUUAGUGUCGAAAUAAAUAGGAGUGGAAUAAUCUGGGCAUAUGUAUUGACACCUUCUUUCACCGGUCACAACGGAACAAUGAUGACUGGUUCUUUUUUAAAAAAUUAUAUACUAAUCAAUUACCUCAAACCAAAUGCAAUCUAUCUUAAGUGCGCGUAAGUCUGUUGUAGAGGCUAAUUUUCAUUUCCACGUACCACCAUCAACUCGAUCAUCCCCGGCAUUCCCGGCUGGCCCUGUAAACGCGUUGUGAUUAUGUCUGCGGCACUGAUGCCAGUCAGUUUCCGCCAUGUGCAUACUCAAACGCAGUUGUUAACGCCAACUUGUCAUUUCCUAUUUACUUCUUAUUCGUCGUCAAGAUUUCAGGCCUUUUCGCCCCGCGCUGGUCGUAGUGCACGUAGUUAUCAUUUCAGAAGACAGUUUAAUGAGCGGGCCAGGUUAUUUUGGUUACAGAAAACUGUCCUGUUUAAGGUAAUGCCUUAGCUGCACCAGCUAAAAGUUCUUUAAUUCUAGCGAGUUUUUUUGGCAAGCGAAGUCUUUUGAAAUUGUAUUUGCACCUUUAAACAGUGCUUGGUAACGUCUGCCAUCAGUUCUUGCGAAUAAUUAAUAGAGUAUAAACUUCUACAAUCUCUGAUUAAGUCAGAUUUAGGGAAUAAGUGUGGUCGGGUGUAACACUGAUCACUGAUUUUCCGCUUUUGUAGGAUGUCUUUUCGUCGCUGCUAUAAAGUUUUCUUCCUUUUUCUACUGUGUUCAAAGUUGUGCGCAUCGUUCGAAAAUCAAGCGACUGCUGUCAGCAAGUUGAACAAACAUAUCAGCAGCAGGUUCUUAGACGUGUAUUUCCGCGUUUUGUCAGGUUUUGUUCGUGUUAAAUAUUCUUUGUUGACUUAUUUAAGGAUAUAUGUGUUAAUGAUGCAGGCGAUUAUAUUGUUUGCCCUUCCUUCAGGCCUUGGUUCUUACUCUGAUUUCUAUGGAGUGAUGGACGGUCAUCUGAGUAGUAACCGAUCGUGUUUUUACGUUUGAUGUAUCUUAUUUGCCGCCUUACCCGAACUUCUGAGUAACGACAGGUGCUGGGUUUUUUGUUCUGACUCAUAAAUAUUAUAUUUUUGUACUUUUACCUUUUUAAUUUAUGCGUAAUCAACUUGCACAAUCAAGCCAAAGUUAUGCCAACGACAUUUACAAUUUUUUUGCUGUGCCUCAGAGGUUGCUGUUUUCCAUAUCCAGUUUUCAAUUACUGCAGAUUGAUCGCUUGUAUAUAACGCGCUAGUUGUUUUCGUGCAUUGAGCAAUGCCCUUCGUCCUUCUAAUGAGCAUCCAAAUAAGAGCACAUUUUUUCUCUCGGUCUAUUUUCGCACGGCUAUUAGUAUUUCAAGCUUUAAAGCUUUUCAUUGCACUCGCAAAACUAAAAGCCUGCCUUCAAAAGGAUCAAGUCUAUUAUGAUUUUUGGACGAUUAAUGGAGGUGAUGAAGAAAGAUUGAGACAGUGUACUGCAGAGUAUAGAGAGUCUCAGUCUUUUGGCUUUUUUGUUUUUUUCAAUGUUCAUGGCGCUCUGUGUGCCUACAUUUAUUUGUUGUUUAAAAUCUAUUGCCAAACUAGCACAGAGCUUCAAUCAUUUGACUUGAAUUAAAAACUGUUCAGUUGGCGAGUGUGGAAAUUACUGGUUAGACUGUGUUAGUUAAAUUUCAAGCGUAAGCCCAGAUGGAUAUUAUGUUCGUAUAUUGUACUUUAUUACGUUUUCAAUAAGAACUACACUUGGAUAAUGAGUGCAUUUUUAAACCUUGUUAGUUGCUAUUACAGACAACGCAUGAAAUGUGAUUUACUUCAGAUACGCUGUUUAAAAGCUGACUGCUCUUAGCGACCGCGCGACAGCGUCUUUUAAUAUUUAGCGAUGUCGUUCAGUUGACAAAGAAUUAUUGCUUCUCUGCAGCGAUAUUAGUACUUAACACACGUCUCGUAAGUACAGGGUUAUUGUGUUGCCGCUUCCGCUUAUUCUCUUCAUUACCGUAUGUAGACUUGUUUUGGUUUCACUCGCCUUUUUCUCUUGAAUCGUCUUUAAAGUGCGUCCGUUUCUGGGAUAGGUCGUCUAUUCAAUCCCUCUUACCAACAAACGUUUACAUUUAAACUCCUUGCCUAACCAUCUAUUUUAUUAUUAUUAUUUUUUUCGUCUCGGCGUACGCCGAAAAUGUACGGCUUUCAUCUACGAUUUCCACCUUAGGAUCGGGCUCCCGUUCAAAGAUUAACAUGGUCUUUGAGUCGAGCGCUUUUUCACCACAUUUUAUUUGGUGUUUAUUCCUUUCGCCUGAUCUUAGUACUGAACAAAAGCGAUAAAUUCUUUCUAGCUAUCGUUAUUUGGACGAUUAGCAUUCACUUAAAUGCUUUGACCUGUACUUGUUUAGACUUUGCGUACUUUCCAGACUGAUGCGACUAGCCUGAUCAGGCUAAAUAUCCUGACUGUGAGCAUAAAAAACCCAGAGGGCUUUGGUGGCUUUGUAAAAUUUUACAUGUUUCCGUGAUCAGAUUACACUUAAGUUGAAUUUUUGUAUUUUCAUUCCAGAUCCCUGCAUAUAUCAUCACCUUGCAUGACCUACUCGCUCUUACUCCACAUGAUCACGUGGAAAGAAACGCGUUGGAAUAUGCACAGAGUGUUCUCGAGGAACUUUCUACGGUGAGGUUAGCCCGUCUAGGGCCUCAGAUGAUAUCAGCUAAUGUGAUAAACAGGCUGAUUUUCUUGCACUGCAUUAAACAAGCAAAGGUUUUCUUCAUAAAGAGCGUUUCGUCUAGUUUGCCACACCUCGCUACGCACCCACUUCUCUAUUAAAAACACGAGACAGCUCCUGUUGUGGUUGAUAUAUACUUCUCUUGUUAAAGUCCGGACAAGGUCAUUAUUAUGUUUGACCUUUCAGACAAAAUUGUAUCAAAUGCGACCGGCCGAAGGCGUCGUCGUCUGAUCAGAGGUAAACUAUUCUACCGCCCACUGCAACUACACUGCGCAUGUACGUGAAGUUUGCUUUUAACUCAUACAUGCGAUUGUUUAGGAAUGCUUUUUAAAGGUAGACACAAUGCUACAGACUUUUCAGCAAGUGACUUGUUUUGCCUCUUUCCUCUCGAUUUUUAAAAUGAAUCGUUUUCGCCUAUGAAUUGUCAAUGCAAAGGUACUAGAUGCAUGAACGAAGCUUUAAUAUGUGUGGUCCGCUUUAUCUCACCCGCUUUUUUGUUGCUGUCUGCAGGUUAUGCAUGACGAGGUCAGCGAGACUGAGAACAUUCGUAAAAAUCUGUCUAUUGAGAGGCAGAUAGCGGAAGGCUGCGAAAUAUUACUUGAUGUCAACCAAAUCUUUAUCAGACAAGGUUCAUUAGUUUGCAUUUGUUUUUUAACCAUUGCUCAGUAAUUGUAUAUAGGACAUGCAGAGUAAUUUUUUAAUUCAAUUAUUUCCAAAUUGGACAAGCAUGUAGUCCUCUUACUUAUUAAUUAUAUACUUAGCUGGUUAGUUAAUCCAGAUUUUUUAACGUGUCACAGACGCGUAAUAUUGUACACUCGAACCGUUUGUAGUUGAAACAAAAUAACACUGCAAAAUCUAAAAAAGUGUCAACUUAUUCUAUACAAGUAAACAAACGCAGAACUAGUAUUGCUCUUUCAUACUUUGGCAUUUUGUAGUCAAGUAUAAAUUUUAAAAAGCUGCAUAUGAAAACCGCAAUUUCAAGUACAAAGAAAACAAAGCAACAAUGCAAAUACUUAAUUUAAACACGUAAACUAUGAAAGUAAACAUUUCAUUCAUUACCUCAAACGAUUUCCGCAGACUUUUUGCGGCCUCAUGUGAGGGAAUCCAAGACAGUCUUGGAUUCUGGGUUCCACGCCGUGGAUUCUAGAUUCCAGGUACUUGAUUUCAGUCUUUUUUAGUGGAACUUGGAUUCUGGAUUCCAAUCUUUAGUAGGAUUCUGGAUUCCUUGAGCUGUAUUCUGGAUUCCUUGAGCUGUAUUCCGGAUUCCUUCAGCUGUAUUCCUGAUUACUUCAGCUGCAUUCCGGAUUCCUCGAGCUGUAUUCCAGAUUUCUCGAGCUGUAUUCCGGAUUCCCUGAGGUGUAUUCCGGAUUCCUUGAGCUGUAUUCCUGAUUCCUUCAGCUGUAUUCCGGAUUCCUUGAGCUGUAUUCCGGAUUCCUUGAGCUGUAUUCCGGAUUCCUUCAGCUGUAUUGCUGAUUCCUUGAGCUGUAUUCUGGAUUCCUUGAGCUGUAUUCCGGAUUCCUUGAGCUGUAUUCCGGAUUCCCUGAGCUGUAUUCCGGAUUCUUUGAGCAGUAUUCCGGAUUUCUUGAGCUGUAUUCUGGAUUCCUUGAGCUUUAUUCCGGAUUCCUUGAGCUGUAUUCCAGAUUCCUUGAGCUGUAUUCCGGAUUCCCUGAGGUGUAUUCCGGAUUCCUUGAGCUGUAUUCCGGAUUCCUUCAGCUGUAUUCCUGAUUCCUUGAGCUGUAUUCUGGAUUCCUUGAGCUUUAUUCCGGAUUCCUUGAACUGUAUUCCGGAUUUCAAAGCCCAGGAUUCCGGAAUUCGGAUUCCCUUGCAUGGAGCGAGACUUUGUCCUUUUGUUUGGUAAUGAUUACUUAAUCUAAUCAGAACUAACUAGCAGUGUUUUCUUAUUCUUGUCCAAAGUUUCAGUGCUCGUACAUUUUCAAGAGUGGUUGAUUGUUUCCAAUUCAAACUUUCAUCAGUUUGGUCAUACAUUUUUCUUUUAAGUGGCCCAGACAAGAAGCCAAAACAAAACAGCAGCAAAACAAAACAACAUUUUUAGUCACAGCAACAAGGAGCCAAGAGUGUUCGAGAAGGAACCGCCGUCCGUCAACGAACGCGUUGUCACAAGGACUUUGCGCUGAUUGGCUAGUUUGCAUUGCCAAUUGUAUUUUAUGGCAUUUGAUCGACUCAGACCAGCUGUCCUAUUUUUCUUAAGUUGGUCAGUUUGCCUAUUUGUAAAUGAAAGUCGUAUCUGAAACUAUCCAAAUUAAUCCUUAAUUGGACAGUUCGUAAAAAUUAAAGGAUGAUAGCUUUGCUGACAAUAUCUGGUUAACUAACAGAUAUAUAUCACGUGUACGUUUCUAUUAUUGAUACUGCUGGUUAGUGUUAUUUAUUGGCCACCAAUGGGGUCUUGCCUUAGUCUUAAAAUAUAAAUCACACUAGACGACUUAGGAUCAAGGCCACAGGAUUUACAAGACUUAUCUUGUCUAGCUAUGUGGUUGUAGUGUACUGAAACAAUAAAACGACACCGCACUGGCCAAAACAUACGAGUUCCCCAGGUCAAAUUUGCCUCUUGAAAGACGCCACUUCUUUCUAGCAGCCUUGUGAUUAAUAAUGCUUCUGGCUUCACGCCUUUUGUUAUANUGCCAGAGAGUGAAAAGAUUGAAUUUUAAUCCUGCAAGCUUCUUGGGAAGCAAAAUAUAGGUUGCUACUAUUGUUAUAUAUCUUUCAUAAAGAAAUUUGUUUCUUCUGGACAUUUUUCCUGAUUAACACUUUCUUAUUCAUCUUUGAUGAUUUGCCUCUCGUGCCAUUACCCUGCUAAGUAUUCUUUUUUUUCCACAUCGUGCAAACCAAAAUCUAGUCAAGUUACGUAAACCUUCUACACGUAGAGUUGGGAUUUUAUUAACUCUUAUUCCACUGUAUUUCAUUUCUGGUUCUUGUGUAAGAUCAGUGUUGCUGAGUUUUAUCUUUUUUUGCCAUUUUAGGAAAUUUGAUUCAGGUUAUAGAAAGUCGUAAAGGUAAAACAUUCGGUGGUUUGUCGCUUAAGUCAGCUGACGGACGAAAGGAAGUUGUGCACCAGUGCUUUCUAUUUUCGGGCUAUCUUCUACUUACUACGAGAUCAUCAAGCGGCCGACUACACCUUUCUAAGGUAAAGACUUUUUAAUAAGGUAUUUGUCUGGUCUUGUAUUGAACAUGUACCAUAGUGCCUCAGUCUUAAUCAAUGUGCAUUAUUUAUUCUGACUGUAAAGACCUUGUCACUGUCAAAUAACGAUUUCUUAUUCUUUGUCUUUCUCAGAAUGGUGCCAAAAUUCCCUUGGCUGAGAGCACGUUAAUUGAGGAUUGCUUUCAAGAGGGUAAAUAAUUUCCUUUUUAGUUAUAAAUACGAGGCAUCCUUUGGGAUCCAGAUACACGAUUUCUUUGGUUGAAAUUGCAACGUGUUAGGUUCGUCCAAGCCCAAUAAUGAAAGGUGUGGUAAGUCCGGCGAGGCCUUGUGGGGUUCUAUAUUCAGUAACUGGCGACUGAGCUAAAUCAGUUUAAGUAAUAAAUAGUGCAGCCGAUAAAGCCUGUAUUAAUUGCUAGAAAACGUUAAUUAUCCAUGGAUAGGCGUGUCUGUUCUCUGUUUACUUUUCCCUUCAGAGGGGCUAAAAUACAUUUUCCAACAGGUGCUUUUUUUAGCUCCUCUCAAGGAAAGGUCGGCCCAAUAAUCCGAGCGUGUAAAUUGGUGGCCAACAGAUUGCGCGGGCAAAUCGCUUAUUGUAAACCGGCCUAAACUCCGCCGUCACUGAGAUCAGUGCCUACUUCGAGUUUUCAUGUAGCCUUCCUCGUAAGAGGGUCGUGUUUCCCUCCUAAAAACGACUUCGUGGGAGGCCAGGUCUCGGUGGAACCUCACUCAAUUACUUGUAUCUAAACUGUUUAUAAAGUUCCUCUUUUUUAAAGGAAACGAUAGAAGCAGUUCGUUUGUCUAUAGAAAUAAUCUGCUGACCUAAUUCCGUUGAGUAACUUAAUACUUGCGAACUUUUUAUUUGACAGUGGACGCCGAAAGCGUUCUGUAUGGUUCUCGAGCGAACCAAGAAAUUGACUUAGAUGAACUGACGUUUAAGCUGGUGGUUAGAUCUCCCUCGUACACCGUGACGCUUAUGGCGCCUUCAGUGCAGGAAAAAGCUGCUUGGACUUCAGACAUUAGUCAGGUACGAAUAUACAAAGGACAUGAAGCAGCAGCUAACAGAAAAUGUUACAUCUGUACAUCUUCGAACAGAAACAAGCAAAAAUAGGUAAAGUGGAGUGGAGACGGCUAUGUUUAGAAUGGGUUACACUUGACAGUUACCAGAAAAACCUGCCUCGACUAGCGAAAACCUGGUUUUGCGUCUGCUAUUUGUAGACGUCGGUUGAAAAUUAUUAUUUUCGUGGAAAGGAAUUAAGUAUAUUUCUCGGACGAAGUAUUAUAACCACUAAUAUUUUUCUUUCAGUGUAUUGAGAAUCUUGCAGUAAUGUCAGAAGAAGAUAACGUGUCUAUAGCCUCGAGGCAAAGUUUGGCGAGUGUCAGGUUAGCUAUUUCCUACCACUGAACUGGACUUGUUAACCAUCCCAAUGACUACAGUUUCCAAACAGCUAUUCGCAUUGUAUGUUGAAAAUAUGACUUUGUUUUUAUAGAUUUUUGGAUAUAAUUAUGUAAGUAACCUUGAUGCAAAUCAAAUUUCAAAUACAAUUCUAAUUUCCUGACGUAUGACGGGAUUAGGCGGAAAGAUCAAAGUCUUGUACCGUUUUUAAAAAUUAUAGCGAAACAUUUUUCGUUGCCCGCUCGAUAUAUUUUGGAGCUAUUUUUUGUAUAUGUAUGGCAUUACUAUUUUUCACUUUUAAAACUAUUUUUUUCCAUACAGGUUUAUUUUAAAUUAACCAAAUACUGAAGAGGACUAACUAUGUACUGUUAAUCUUUACAACAGAUCGGAUCCAAAGCUUUUUGCCGACGAUGCUGAUAUAAAAUACUGCAAGGCUCUUAAUUGCUGCAAACUUCCAAAGGUGUGUAUUUCAGUAUGUUUAAUAUCUUAUUCAAUGUCAUUACAGUGAAUUCUGAUUAUUUUCAUGGAUGGUGAAGUGUACUCUACUAACUAAAUUGAGUAAGUGAGCAAAAUACGUCUUUGUCCUUGUAAAAUAUGAUUAUCAUAAUUUUUGCCGUUCAACGUAAAUUGCUAUAGUUGAAGGUCACUUUUAAUUAUUUUCUCUAAUGCUUAAUACUUAUACUUUAUUAUGUUUGUACGAGUUUUAUUCAUACGCCGAAAAUAACAUUGGUUAACGUUGGUGGCCUGUAUUUUGUAGAUCAGCCCUGUUUAUCAACAGGUGACACAGCGGCUAUAUACCCAACAUGUCACUUUCCACCGCUACUCAGAAUGAUUUUUCUGUGGCAUCAGUCGAGGAGUGUCAUGGUCGGUUUUAAUUCUUCUUUUUGCAUUGACACUCUAUUUAGAUUCGUCACGCAAGUUUAGAGCGGCUGUUGGAGCGCCUGCUGGAUAUUCGUUUCCUCAGUGUGGACUUCUUAAAUACUUUUCUCAUCACAUAUCGCGUGUUCACAUCAGCUACGUCGCUUCUGGACACAUUAUUGCAGUUUUACUACGCCAAUAAUGCUAACGAUUAUGCCUGUGUAGACCUGGUCUCCCCAACCAGUCGCAAGACUCGCUCAGUAUCGCUACCCGGCGCCGAGUCGCUCAAUGCACAAAGAGCCCUGAAAGGUAAUCAUUUAAUUGGCCAUGUGUCUAAACGCGCAGGAACUGGUACGACAAGGAUAGUUUGGAGGGACAGCAGCAAGCCACUUGUUAAAGUCCCUCUCAAGGUUACUCUGACUGAAGAAGAGACACAUGGUGCAUCAGGAUUAUUAGGAAAUUUGUAAUAGUGAAUAUUAGGUGCAUUUCUGAAACCAUUCUUGCAGUUUGGAACUGAACACAGCACUUCAAGUACGCCAUGUUUGUUGACCUUCAAUCUGUCCCUCGAAACGAUCCCAAGAAACCCUGUGGCUGCCGGCAUAUCGUACCCAUUAUUCAUUCGUUAACAUGGCGAAUUUUACUAGCAUCGUGGAUUCUAAAUUUGGCUCUCACGGAAGUCCGCGAAGAUCGCAACUCGGUCUAGCUAAAACCUAUUUAAAAAAAGAAAAAGAAGCAUCACCAAAAAAUGUGGGAAUCGCUGCUUUCAUUAUAGACACCGUUAUUACAUCGUAUCGUAUCCAUUACUCUAAUUAUUAUUCAUUCAAAAUAGUUCAGCGUUUCGGGAUGGCUUUAGCUAAUUCUUCAUAACCAACUGGCGGUGACCAAAUUUGGAAGAUGCAGGCAAUAUACAAUUGAUACGAUUGUAUAUUACCAAUGUAUCAUCAAAACCUCGUUUCCAGGCAGCGGCGCGGCAGUCUAGCUUUUUUGGUGUGAAUGCGAAACUCAUAAACAAGUUUUCGCGGCUAUCCAAAGAAAAAACGCUCGAUGGAUGUUAUCUGCUUUUUGAAAAAAAAUUCUGUUAGUAUUCUAAAACUGUGCCGAUGUAGAAGUAAGCUGUGGCCGAGGUGGAUAACAGCCUGCCUGAUCUGCAUAAUUCUUCUUAUCAUACUCAGCCUCAUUCAGUAAUUGUUGAAUAUGAACUCCUAUUGGAAUAAUCCGCUGUCUUUUGUAGCGUUAAUUUUAACACAAAGCUGGUGAUUGUAAUAUGUUAUCUAACGUGUAUGAAUACUUUCUUCUAUUCCAGGUCGUAAUAAGUUCUUCGGUGAUCAGAAUCAGCCCUCUGCGGCUUCCCAGUCAAUUAGCAUCACUGUAUCUGACGUAAAAAUGCCUUCAGACAAUGAUCACAGAGAAACCAUUGCUGAGGAAUCUACAUCGCGCACUCCCGACCGACUAUGCCCCAGUAACUACCAGUCGUACAGGCGGCAUUCUUCACCCUCCGCUCUGGGCGAGUCAGCAGGUUUUGAGUUUCCAGACUCCUCCACUGAUACACCUCUGUCACCAGGAGACGAUUCUCCCACACCUAUAAGACAUGCGGGGCCUAGGAACCACAGCUCACCAUUCUUGUCUCGAAGCAACUUUCGUUCCCGCGCGCAGAGCAGCUCAUCUAAUUUCGUGUCGGGAGGGUUUGAUACUAAAGACAAAUCAAACCUUUCUUUAUUACAGGACGAGGACAUUUUCAACGACUUGAAAUUUGAACUUCAGGCGCCACCCAAACAGCGUGGCAAGCGAUCCAGGGCAUCUACUUCUUCAGGUGCACUCAUAUUGUCAAUAGACUCCAACUCAGCCUCUAACUCUUCAAUCCAUACUGCAUGCAGUACCUCUAUAGGUGAACCCAACAAAGGAACACAAAUGCGAACAGCAACACCUGUUGAAAACUGUGUUGUGGAUUUUCAAGUCGAUGAGGUAUUUCAUCAGAAGCCUAAGAAUCAUCGGCGGCGUUCAACUUCUAAUGUUCAGCGUGAGCGUAGUCCUGAUCGCCUUUCUUCUGCUGGUUGCCUCGGUAUCAUUGGAGACAAUGACUUGCAGAGCCGUGAAGAAACACGCACCAAACAUCCUUCAAGAAGGCCAAGUUCCCCUUGUCGGCUGUACAAAAUUGUUAAAGAUGCGGAAGAAAGAGUUUCAUCCUUUAAAUCUCAGCGCCGACCCAGCUCUCCCAAGUUGCCAUCACCUGCGUCUCCUCUUAAUUCACCCCGCUCUCCUCUCUCGCCAUCUGCCAGCAGCGUCAGUGCUGGUGUUGUAGUGACGUCAUCAAGACCUUCUCGACGCAGGUCCAGCAUAUCAUCAGCAGCUUCAGCGUUUGCUGCUGCUACCGCUGGUGCGUCUCCGUCAUACACGGCCACAUCGCCCACUGCGACACGAUUCCGCUUUGGUAAGUCCAGGAUAACAACCCGACCGGUUUCAUUUCUGUCACUCGCAAUAGCUUAGGGAAACUUCCAGUUGAUUGUUAGGAAAAGCUGGUUUUACGAGUUUCAUGUAAUGUGUGAUUGAAGUUAAAAGAAUGUUGAAUGAAUCACAUGUAAGGGUCAGAUAAGGAAGAAAGACUACUGAAGACACUGAAAGUGUACGGUAAGAGUGAAGAGGAAAACUGGUUCCCUUUAUUCUAUUCAGACUUUCCAAGAUGUAUGUUAAUACGGUUAUGCUUAAUUUUGUCAAAAUCUUUGUAGAUAUAUUUCAUACGGGAUAACAUUUCUCAAUUAAUUUGCAACACUGUUUUUUCCAGCUCAUACCAUCCGAGAACUGCUGUCUUCUAACUCGCACAUGGCCACCAUGAGGGUUCUGACAAUUCUACGACACUGGGUCACUAAACACCCUGAAGUAAGUGUUGUCGUUAUGGUGUUUGUUUAAAACUCUGCAGUUAUUGACUAUUUGUCUGUUUUUGGUUCUUACCCAGGAUUUUGAAGCCGACCCGGCAUUAAAAGAGCAAUUAAUAUCCACUAUGAAUUACAUUAAUAGUAAUGACAGCUCUACAAAUCUUGAACAAAAAUUUGCAAUGGCAAUUAUAAGGUGAGUUGCAUUUCAAAAUUCGUUGUGCUUUAACUUUUUGCAAAUUUAUAAACCCAUUCUCAGUACAGUAGUUUGUAAACUGGCAAGUGCUAACUAAAUAUAAUGCCUGGGUAGACGCCGACAGAAUAUAAAAUCCGGGUAGACUAUUUGUCAUUUUCCUGUACCUGUUUCUUUUCCUACAAAUUUAUUAAGUGAUCUUUUUACAAUAUUCAUUAGGAUACUGGAGAGAAAGCAGGAGGAAUUAGAGGCUGCUCUUUCUUUUGAGGCUACCUUCUUUUCAACGGUAGGCUGGCAACACUGAUAACGAUUGAUAGGAACAUCAGAAGUGCAUUAACAUAAUGCUGCAGUGUUAGAUUAAAGCUGUAGAAUUUUCAAACUUCAGUACAUCUUUAAAAAAAUUAACGUUCUUUAUUUUCAUCAAACCAGGGAGAACCAUUUUCUUCAACAAAUCAAUGAGCAAAGUAAGCCACUUGAUGAAGUCCGGUUGAUGUUAUCUCUUUCAGUCGACAUUAAAGAGUGAAUCAAGCUGCCUUCAUGUCAAGUCGUUUUCAGUAUUCGAUUUAAACUAUUGUAGUCAAAAGAAAGUGAGAUGUUAAAGGUGGACAGAGGAGGAAUGUGACUUAUAAAUAUAUUCCUUUAUACUCUAGCUUGCUUUAAGUUUGUAGUAGUUGAAGGAGGCUGACCGAUGAUUUUAAUGGUAAUGAUAAUGGAAAUGAUGAUUGUCCAGAAACACAAGGACGCUAAAACAAUACUCAUCUAUUGCGUGCCUCUUUUCAUAGCUGCCUUUUUGUAGUUAUAUGCGUUUUUUUCUUUUUGCCUAAAGGGUGGAAGCCCUCGAGAAGUUGCCACGUUUGAAAAAGUACCCGCUACUCAACUUGCAGAACAGCUCACAUUCCUGGAACACUUAAUCUUUUCCAAGAUUCCUGCACAGUAAGUAGAUCAUUUUGUUUUUAUGGAUGAGUUUAGAGGAAUAUUUCUUAACGUCGUAGGUUCUUCGUGGGAUGCGGUCUAAGCCACCUCUGCUCUCUCAGCUGUAGAUGUUGUAGUUUAUUUUUACCCUUUAUUUUUAAUUUUUUUUCCCGCUAACCCUAAUCCGGCCCUUAUAGGGACAAAAUUGGAACCACAACGUAGACACUUUCCAUUUUUCUUUUACAGUUUUAUCAAAUUCUAAUGCGCGUAUUGUUUCUUUACUUCAGUGAAUUUCUCAACCUUUCUUGGAUGAAGCCGGAUAAAAAUGUUCGAGCACCUAACAUUCUUCGUGUGACAAAACGGUUUAAUGACGUAAGUCUACGCGUGUGCACAUACGCAGCUAUACAUACAUUCAGUUCCUAACUUUCCUUUUCAGAAGCAAGGUGGCGAUGGCAGAUGUAGUAAUGGCGACGGUAGAUAUCGAUGUGGCAGUUUUGUUUACGUCAACGACUAAAAAUCGCAUGGGCAUUCAGAGAUACGUUAGUUACCAUGCUCUUAGGCAAAAAAAGGAAACAUUCAUAAAUAAUAUUACUUCCUAUUUUGUGGAGAAAUUUUGUUUAGCAAUUAUAACUGUCGAAUGUAAGAAGUUGUUGGCGAACCACUCUCUAGUCUAACGAGGCUCUUUAUAACGUACAUCCGAUAUCGAGUUUGUAACGGUAGUUGACGGUAACCAUUCUUUCAAGUUCAAUUGACCUCAUUUGUAAGGUAACUCCGUACCGUAUUUGGAUCCCUUUUGCGCCUGUAAUGAAUUGAAUUUAUAACCUGGUUAAAUGGUGAGACCGUAAGUUAGCGGCGUCGGGGUAAACUUGCAGAUAUCUCAAGUUUAAGACAUCCUUCGAAGAUGAAGAAAGUGAAUCUGAAUAAACUUAAGGGCAGAGAAGUGAUGACAACAGGAUUGUGCCUGCUCUGUUCACAGGAAUUGUUAUGUGAUUCUCUUUUGGUUUGUUUUUUCUUUGCAGACAAGUUCGCUUGUAGCUUCAGAGAUUCUUAAGCACCAGUCCCCUUCCACACGUGCCACUGUGGUUGAGAAAUGGGCUGCGGUGGCGGAGGUUUGCCGCGAUCUACACAAUUUUAACUCUGUUUUAGAAAUCAUUUCUGCUUUCAUGAGCAGUUCAAUCUACAGGCUCAAGAAAACUUGGGAGAAGGUUUCCAAACAGGUAUACCUGAAUUGAAAAUCAAAUCACCCUACCUACUGCCUUACUGUUAUUGUCAUUUCGUUUUUUCGUUGAUUGGUCUUCUUAAAAUUUAACCAAAUCUACUUCGCCAAAACCACAAAUUUGUUAGGAUUUCUUGUACGGGGUCUUUCCUGUAAAUGUGAUAAACAGUCGCCGUCACCUCUCGGUACGUCUCAACGAGUAAUUUGUAUUUAAACGGCUGCUUUGUAGACCUGGGCGCCUUCCAGUUCACUAGAUACACUUAUGCAUGCGGGCCUGUAACAGUCUUUUACUAAUUUUCUUUUGGUACAAGAAAAGUUAGAAAACCCGGCCAAAUAUUGGCUGGUGAUGGAUUAAUGGCUAAUUGCAGGUUUGACCCUUUCUAUAAUAAAAAGUGCAGGAGUUUGUUUGUAGAUCUAACGAACUGCUGAUGUUAGAGCAAUGUUGUUUCUCGGCUCUUGAUCCCACAGACGCGGACGAUGAUUGAUAGGCUACAGAAGUUGGUUAGUUCUGAAGGUCGCUUUAAAAACAUGAGGGAAGCCCUUAGAUGGUAGGUUGUUAUGCUUCAAGCGCAUUGUUCUCAACAUAUCAAUAUCCUUGGUUACUCCUGCUACCAGUCAAACAAAGGUUUUUUCAGCAAGCCUUAAUUAGUGAUAUUGGUUUGUCUUCUACUAUGGCGACAUUCAGCCUCAAUUUGAAAUCAUUAGCAACGUCAUUAGCCUCGUUAGAAAAAUCUUCACAAAUGGACAAAUAACUCGAUUGACUAAUGGCACAAAGAAACGUCGCCAAAUUUACAGGAAAAUCAGUUUAGGUUGCUACCUCAUGUAGCCACUCUCCAGCUGGUGUGCGCUCUCUUGAGCGAUUUUUAAAUAUAUCUGACGCUGCCUUGUUGAUUACAUGUUAAGUAACCCUUUUUUGUGAUUAUCUUGCUUUUCAGUGCGGACCCACCAUGUAUUCCUUAUCUUGGGUUUUAUUUGACGGAUCUAGCAUUCAUUGAGGAUGGCACCCCAAACUUCAAUGAGAAUGGACUCGUUAAUUUCUCCAAAAUGAGAAUGGUGAGAUUUGAUAAGUGAAUUUAGAAUUUAUAGCCAUUUAAAUCCUUUACCCUAAUGCUUAAAUUCACAUAAUGUUUGGUUGGUUUCAGAUCGCCCAAGUCAUUCAAGAAAUCAAGCACUACCAACAAAACAAGUACACGAUAGAACAUGAUAAAAAAGUAAGUUUUAUUGUCUGUUCGUACCAUGAAUAUCAUGUCUUUAUUCUCAGUGAUAAAACCAUGUGCCAAUGACGGCGAAAAGAGCUCAAUGUGUAGUUUCCUCGGGAAUUUCCGUAAUUUUUCAACUUGGUUGGGUACUCUCUGGAAAGAGUAUUUUUGGCUCCAAAAUGUUGUUGCACUAUAUUAUUAAGCGAAAGAUAAUUUUUUUCUGCGAUAAAAUGAGAAAAAAAAUCUUUUCAUUCGUGUUAGUACGGUGUCUAAUAAUCUAAAGGGCGUUCUUAGCUAAUAAUUAACCACAGAGGCGAUACCUUAUACUACUGGCUACACGAAUAAUGUCAUGUGCAAAAGAACCAGUUACAUUCAAACUAAACACCACGUGAACUUUUAUUACUUCAUUUCAGUUAGAACAUGUUACAAGAGGGCUUAGAAUACGACUGAAUUACGGUGAAUCAAAUGUGUAAUAAAGCAACAGCUAGAUAACCGAAGUUUACCGUGUUGCACGAAAUUUUUGCGGGUCUUAAUUUUCGCGAUUUUUCCAACGAUCCGCAAAAAUUAAUUACCGCAAAUAUUUUUCCCGCAAAAAUCUACCCCAGAGUAAAUAAUAUCUAACUCGCUACAAAAAAAUACAGUGCUAAGAAACUGUUGUGUCUGCUCAACUACAACUUGUCUCUGACUUUCAGAAACAAAACGAUUAAAUGAUGAGCAAAACUCCUGUCACUGGUUUUACAUGCAAGGGUACCCACGCCGUAGUACUAGUAUUAGUAUUGUUUGAAAAUAUGUUAUUAUUUAUUAUUUCAUUGCACGUACUCAGUGAAUAUUAUCAAUUCUUUGUCCGGGACUUUCUGAAAAUCGCAAAAAUUUAUUCCCAGCAAGAAAAACCAAUCUGUCCUAAUCGCAAAAAUUAGUUCCCGCAAGAUACAAAAAAUCGUCAAUUCGCAAAAUUAAACUCCCGCAAAAAUUUCGUGCCACACGGUAUUCAUGAGCCGAUGACAAUUGUAUUAGAGAAAACUUUAGCGUAAGCCAUGAAAAAAGCAUUUUAACCGACCGUAGAUAAAAGAUGAUCAAUGCAAACAACAAUACUUGUUGUGAAACACCGGUAACAGUGAAAUGACUGAUAGCUUGCUUAACAGAGAAGCUGUUAUUUAUGAAUAACUCACUACUCAGACCCUCUGGAAAAAAACUCUGUAAGCAACCCCCCACCCCCUCGGAAUUUACCUCCUCUUGGACCCCCUCCCCUCGGAAUAUACAUAUACAUAUAUACAUGUUUUAUUUGUAUUUGGAGUCUUAUACAAUAAAUAGUAUAUCAACUAUUUCCGUUGCCCUCCGUAGCCGGCGUUGGGGGGGGGUGGGUAUGGAUACUUUCUAAAACUACCCAAUAAGGUAAAGUAUUCUGUCAUGUUUCCUUUUUUUUUUCUUAUUUCACUUAUUUAUUUAUUUAUUCAUUUAUAUUUUAGAUUAUUCGAUACUUGACGUCCAAUGAUAAUUUGAUGAGUGAAGACAUGCUUUACCGAACUUCACUCGAACUGGAACCAAGAAAACGAGGAUCCUCAAAAAUUAAACAUCAGGAGAUCGGAAACUGAUCAAGUCACGCUUUCUUAUUGUUUUCUUGUUAAUAAAGAAGUAAAAAGAAAACAAACAAACAAGCAAACAAAACAAUGUAAAUAGCAAAUUGUGACAUAGAUAGCUUUCUAUCAUAUUAGCUGUACAGCUGUAAAAACAAAUUUUCAUUCUCCACGGUUCUAGUCCCUGUCGUGAACAACUUUAAGCUUUUGAAACAGCUGUAUAAAUUAUAUUAUAUCGAUCAUAAGUGCUGUAAAAGGAAGCCAAACGUCAUUUUGUUCCUCAAUGUUGGCACUAAAAAACAGAUCUUUAAAGAAGACUAACAAUAAAGUUUGCGUGUCCAGAUUUAGUUUACAAUUAACUUAGAUAAAGAGUCUGUAAAAAGACGGUGAACUAUUGGAAAUACUCAUUACACCAAGCAGGUUUGAUGUUCCCAAUCAAUCCCAUGUUCAGUUUGCUUCAUCAUUUCUCUGUUUGUGAUUGUCAAU